AUGUCGCGAACUUGGAAUCUCGACGCCCCCACAUAUGUGCCGAUGGGAACGAGGCCGCCAUUUGUAGAGAAGUCGACUGAGGAAUUUCGAGCCUACCUCGAGGAACACGGAGUCACCGAAGCAUUCACAAGGGCGUUGGUGCAGCUUAAGAAGACCGCGCCAGAAAAACGACCCGAAGAGCCGCUCGAUUUCAUCGCGCAUCAACUCGGCCAUUCGAUGAACAACAGCAUCGAGGAUGAGCUGCUGAAUAACAUUUUGGAAGACUUCUUGGAUCGCACGGAUCAAGAUUGGAAAACCGAGCUGAUGUUUGGAUGCCCAAGAAACGACCCGGAGUUGGUGGCAAUUGCGAUGCACAUCAUUCAGUCGGAGACUGGGGAAAUGAAUGAGGUGAUGCCAACGAGUUUGGAUCAUUUUAACGACACUCAAAUGAGGGCCCUUCAACGACAACUCGCUGAUCUUUCGUUGAAAGCCGCUGUUCAACAAGACGGAUCUUCACCAACUUCGGCCUCAACCAGCACUCCAAGACAUGAGAAGGUCAUCGAAAAGUCACCCCCAACUUCAAUUUUUUCAUCACCCGAUUCUGGCAUCUUUGAGCACAAUGCUUCCAUCGAACGCUCCACGAAAUACUGGUCAUCAAAAUCGUUCGCCGCUAAAGACUUUGGAACUCUUUUU